AUGAACAUCCGAAGUCUGGAAAGGCAGGAAAGGGCUGGGAAGCAGACUAGCGUCGAUAAAGCAAAAGCAGAGCAGGAGCCAAGCUCAGCCUUUCACUUCAGGGGGAAGAACCGCAGGGUCUCUGUGUUGCCCCUGAAGUGGAGACUGAGACACAGUUCCCGCUGGGCAGGGCAGGUGUUGACUUCAGAGCUUAGCCUGCUUGCGUUCAUUCUGCUGAUGGUCAUGGUUUUCUCCAAGAAAUGGCUGUAUCCCUCCAGGAUCCGCUACUACCAGCCCUGGCACACUCGCAUUAACAACAUAAUCGACAACUCAGCUCAUAUCUUGUCCAUGGGACUCUUGCAGUUUGACAAAUCCAAGAGUUACAACAACUCAGAGAAUGGAAGAGUUGUCUUCAUUUUCUUCACCCUCAUAUUUUUUCCUGUUAAUCUCUGGAUCUUCGAGUUGAAGAUGAAUGUAUCAAUUCCCAUUGGCUGGAGCUACUUCAUUGGUUGGCUGGUGUUUAUCCUCUAUGCCACCUGUGGGAUGCUCUGCUACUUCAGUAAUAGACAUUUCAGGGAAGUGAUUCAGAGCCCUCCCUCUGGCAUCCGCUUCAGCAACAGUCAUUCCAGCUCAGUAAAAGACGACACGAACAGACUGUUUCAGAUACCUGUCAAGAAGAAGGAAGUCCGGUAUCCUAAGAAAAAGCUCCAUCACUUCCACCACCGCUCUACCACUACUUCCAUUAUUACCUCCAUAAGCACUACUUCCACUACUGCCUUCACCACUGCUACUGCUACCACCUCCACUUCCACUACCAUCUCCACCACCAACACUUCAUUACCACCUCUGCCUCUGCCAAAAUACUAUCACCACUAUCAGCACCAAGUUCACUGCUUCUAA